AUAAGCCAUUGGUUCAUCUAGUUCAGUAUUGCCCAUACUGACUGGCAAAGGCUCUCCAGGGUUUCAGACUGGAGUAAUUUUUAGCCCUAUUGCAAGGUUCCAAUGCCAGAGCUCCAGCCCAGAUGAACUCCCAACAGAAGGCGCUCCAGGAAGAUACUCUUCUGCAAGACCAGCAGUAUGAGUCAACAAUCCAGAAAUUUCUACAGCCCUUUUACUUAUCCAAGGAGCAGCUUCUGCAGGUGAAGAAUUCCAUGUUGGCAGCUAUGGAGAGAGGCCUAAAGCAGAAGGUUAAAGAAACUGGCUCACUACCCAUGUUGAACACUUAUGUUUGUACCUUGCCUAAUGGCACUGAGGAAGGUGAUUUUCUGGGUCUAGAGCUGUCCCAGACUCAGGUGAAGGUCUUGCUGUUACAACUGACAGAUGACAUUGAUGAGCCAGAGGUGGUGAAGAGAAGGACCUUUCCACUUACUGAGAAGAUUUUAAUUGGCAGUGGCCAGGAGGUUUUUGAAUUCAUGGCACAAUGCCUGGCCACGUUUUUGAGCGGACUUAACAUCAACAAGAAAUACUUCUCUCUGGGCUUGUCCUUUCCCUUCCCUUGUGAAAAUAGCUCACUGACCCAGUGUAAACUGAUCAGAUUUACAAAGGAUUGCCGGUGGCCAGGAGUGGAGGGGUGUGAUGUGACACAAAUGCUACAAUUGGCUAUUAACCAGCAUUGCAAGAACUACCAAAUAGAGGUCCUUGCUGUGGUUAAUGACACUGUGGGAAUCUUGCUGAGCUGUAGUUCUACCAAACAGCCAUGUGAGAUUGGGCUGUUGAUAGAUUCUGGCACUAACUGCUGUUAUAUGGAGGAGAAACAGCGUAUAGCAGGCAUGGAGGAAAGUGAGGGACAUAUGUGUGUGAACUUAGAAUGGGGCACUCUUGGAAACGCUGGAGAAUUGGAUGACCUACUGACAGAGUUUGACCUGUUAAUGGAUAAGCAGACGAUGGACCCAGGCAAAUGCAGGUUUGAGAAGUUUAUCAGUAGCAUGUACUUCUGUGAAACCGUCCGUGUUAUUUUGGCUAGUCUAGCUGAGAAAGCUGAACUCUUCAAUGGGGUCCUGACACCCCCACUGUUGACCAAGGGAAAGCUGGAGAUCCAAGAUAUUCUGGAGAUCGUACAUGAAAAGGUGGGUCUGGCCAAAGCCAAGAGCUUCCUUUUUCGCCUGGGACUGGUGGCGAGCAACCAAGACUGUUUCCAUGUGCAGCAGAUAUGCCAAGCUGUAUUUGUCCGUUCUGCCAACCUCUGUGCUGCUGGAUUGGCUGCCAUCCUUACUCAUAUCCGUGCUACUCAAGGGCUGUCAGAGCUGAAGACUUUUGUGGCUGUGGAUGGAGAGUUGUACAGGAGCGAGACACAGUAUGGGGAGAUACUGCAGCAGACAUUGACAUCGCUGAUUCCUGAAUGUACCAUCAAAUUUGUCCUGACAGAGGGUGGCGCUACCUUAGGGGCUGCCCAAUUGGCAGCUGUAGCUGUGAGACUGAGAAAUCAGCGCCAGGGGGUGUCCCAGGCCCUGGCACCUUUCCGACUUUCUAUGGUGGACCUUGAGAGAUUGCGGAACUUGAUGAGACAGGAGAUGGAGAAGGGUCUGUCGAAGGAGACCAACUGCAAAGCCUCUGUCCGCAUGUUGCCCACUUAUGUCUGCAAUUUGCCUGAUGGCACCGAGAAGGGUGAUUUCCUGGCACUGGAUCUGGGUGGAACCAAUUUCCGAGUGCUGGUGGUUCAGGUGCAAAGCAAACAGGAGGGUGGUGUGCACAUGAUCAGUGAGAGUUACAUCAUUCCACCGGAAAUAGCCCAGAGUACAGCAGAAAAGCUCUUUGACCACAUUGUUAGCUGUAUUGUGGAUUUCCAGACUAAGAAUAACAUGCUGGGAAGUAUGCUGCCACUGGGUUUCACUUUUUCCUUUCCCUGCAAUCAAAGGGGCCUGGACAAGGGCAUCUUGCUGAGAUGGACCAAGGGGUUCACUGCCUCGGGUGCUGUGGGACAAGAUGUUGUGAAUUUGCUGAGGGAGGCAGUACAGCGUCAACAGCACGUUGAUGUAGAUGUGGUUGCCUUAGUGAAUGACACUGUGGGAACCAUGAUGGCAUGUGCCUACAUUGACCCCAAGUGUGAGGUCGGCCUCAUUGUCGGAACGGGUACCAAUGCUUGCUACAUGGAAGAGAUGAGGAAUAUAGGCACUGUGGAGGGUGACGAAGGCAGAAUGUGUAUCAAUAUGGAAUGGGGGGCGUUUGGAGAUGAUGGCUGUCUUGAUCACUACAUAACAUCUUUUGAUACCAUCGUGGAUAAAAAUUCCCUCAAUCCUGGCCAGCAGAGGUAUGAGAAGCUCAUCAGUGGCAUGUACCUGGGCGAGAUCGUGCGCCACAUUCUGCUGGACCUAAUAUCUCGCAAGAUCCUCUUUAAGGGCCGAGAGUCAUUUGUACUUCAGACCCCAAACAUCUUCCCCACCAAAUUCCUAACACAAAUCGAGGAUAGCAGCCAAGGCAACCGUUACGUAUGUGACUUCUUAGAAGAUAUUGGGUUGAGUGUGAUUCCUGAAGAUGCUGAGGUGGUGAAGGAUGUGUGCCACGCCGUGUCUUCACGGGCUGCUAAGGUGUGUGCAGCCGGAAUAGCUGCCGUUGUGGAGAAGAUCCGAGAGAACAAGCGCAUGACACACCUGGAGGUGACCGUUGGUGUGGAUGGGACGCUGUACAAGAUGCACCCUUACUUCUCAAGAAAACUUCAGGAUACAGUGCCACUGCUGGCUCCCGGUUGUAGCGUCAAAUUCUUGCUGUCAGAGGACGGCUCAGGGAAGGGAGCUGCACUGAUUGCUGCUGUGGCCAACCGCACAAAGUGAGGGGGACACGUUACCAGGUCCAGACCUUGACCUACAGCAUGGAGUUUCACCCUUCUUUGAGGCAGCUGUACAGAGUUGCAGGAAAGUCAGGUUGGAGUAGUUGUGGCGUUUCAUCUUUGCAGCUCUGUGUAAUAUCUGACUGAUGCUCAAGCAAGGGAGAAAAAUAAACCCAAUUCCUGAAGUCA